AUGGAGCAGAAUACUCUCAAAAGACGGGGUGUCGGCUUGACUGGUGUAGAUAAGCAACUCUCGUUUGGAGGCUUCACUCUCUUCUGUCCCUUGACGAGUGACACAGCUCAUCUCGUUGAUAUUGAUGGGAAAGAGGUGCACUCUUGGAAGCUCCCCGGCAGAAUUGGUCGCCACGCCAGAAUUCUACCGAAUGGAAACCUCGCCGUCAACACCCUUCGCCCACCUUCCGAACAGACAACAGCAGAUGGAGGACCUUUUCCAUUCCCUUUCUUCAAUAAAUACGGUGGAGGGGUGAUGUCAGAGCUCGACUCAGAAGGGAAUAUCGUUCGUCAAUUCAUCGAUCCUUUGGGACAUCAUGACCAAUAUCAUUAUGGCGAUGGGCGGAUCCUUUAUACCUCUCUCGAACCCCUCUCACUCGAAGAUUCAGCAAAGGUCAUCGGUGGUAUACCAGGCACUGAGAUUGAUGGAAUCACCUACGCAGAUACCAUCAAUGAAGUUGAUGAACACGGAAACCUCGUUUGGCAAUGGAAAGUUUCCGAGCGAUUGCCGAGGGAGGAAUAUCCCCUUCAAGCGCACUACACACGCGAACAUUACCCCCUAAUCAACUCAGUUCUUCCCAUGAGAGAUGGAAAACACAUUCUUAUCUCAAUGCGAUCCGUUUCAGCUGUGGCCAUCAUUGAAAGGUCUACAAGCAAUAUUGUUUGGAAAGUUGGAUCCGAGAUCCUGGCACAGCAACACAACGCUACCGAGAUGGAGAAUGGGAACAUCCUCAUAUUUGACAAUGGCGCUUUCCGCAACGGUGAAUCGAUCACAUAUACUCGAGCAAUCGAAAUUGAUCGAGUAACCAAAAAGAUCGUGUGGGAGUAUCGCGAUCGGUCACAAAUGCUCUACUUUUUUACUCCGUUCAUGGGAAGUGCCCAGAGACUUGCUAAUGGCAACACCCUUUUGUGCGAGAGUGCAUUUGGCCGCCUUUUUGAAGUCACCAUGGACGGCUACAUCUGCUGGGAGUAUAUCAACCCUCAUUUUGCCCCUUACCCAGAUUCCGCGACCGCUGCUAUCUUCCCGGGAGAGUCGAAUGCAUUGUUUCGGGCUUAUCGGUAUACGUUGGAAGAGAUACCUUGGCUUAAGAAAAGGCUUACCAGAUCCAAUGGUUCAAAGUUGAUUUGA